AAUGCAUGCACUUUAAAAUAUGUUAUCUUAUUUUAUGACCUAUUUAAUGACCUUGACAUGAUGAAUUAUCAGCAAAUUGCAUUUAAUAGUGUAAACAGCGAAUGUAGGUUGUUCGUAUUUAAUUUAAGGCGGUGUGUUUAAUAUUCUAAAACAUUCGGUAUAUUUAUCAUGGAAUACGAAUAUAACUUUGAAACACCGUUUUCGGUUUCUGAUGGUAUGAGGGACAAGUUUAAUGAAAAUGGAGUCAUCAUGGUCAGAAACCUCCUUAGCAAAGAAGAGGUUGAUUAUAUCAUGGCCAGUAUGCAGGCUCCAGAAUUCAAACAGACGAUGAGAGGGGUUGAUGACGGGGAAGGUAGAAAGGCGCACAUGAAUAUCUGGAACCAGCCCGGAAAGGACGUCACUGGAAUGGUUGGCAGGUGCGAGAAAGUGGUGAACACGUGUGAAGCAUUGCUUGAAGGCGAAGUGUAUCAUUACCAUUCUAAAUUGAUGGGGAAACCCCCAAGAGAGGGCGGAAGACAUCUCUGGCAUCAGGACUAUGGGUAUUGGUACCAGAACGGAUGCCUAUUUCCCAACAUGAUAACAGUGUUCAUCGCCAUGGACAAAUGUGAAAAAGCUAAUGGAUGCUUACAGUAUUUACCAGGGUCGCAUCUUUGUGGUCGGCUAGAUCAUCAUAGAUUAGGUGGUCAGUUUGAAGCGGACACAGACCGCAUUGAAGACAUAAAGAAACAUUGCCCAUUGGCUUUCGCGGAGAUGGAGUCAGGGGAUGCGUUGUUCAUGCAUUGCAAUGUUCUGCAUUGUAGCAGCGCCAAUCUGAGCGACAAGCGCCGAUGGGCUUUACUCUGUUGCUAUAACAGGGCCGACAAUAACCCCAUUAUCAAGCAUCAUCACCCGCAAUACACUCCAUUGAAAAAGGUGACGGAUGAAUCCAUUCUUUCGUGCACUACUAUGAUUGACGUGGAAGGCAAAGACUUCAUGCCGCUAGGAGUGGACAAAACGUCGCUGUUGGAAGACGUCAAAGCUUAAUGAAAAACAGAUCCAAAAUCUUUCAUCUAUUAUUUAUAUUACACUGAUAAAUCGAUAUAAACCACCGGAAUGAAUAAAAUAGCACAUGUUCUUGCGGCCCUUUAUAUUUGAUAAACAGUAUUAUGUGAUUUGUAACAGUUAAUUAGUAUAAUUUUACAUGAACCUUCAUAUGGGCACAAGCGCAAGGUGCGCGUUUUUUUAAUGAUUAUGCUUGUCUUGUUUUUCCUAAAGGGACUUCGAAUAUUUUCCAAGAUUAAGAAAUUGUUACAUUUGUCUUUGUCUUCCAAUGUCUUUAUAAUAAAUGCAGUUCAUAUUUUA